AUGGGUUCAUCCCACUCUCAACCCGUUGCCCCCGUCGAAUUCGACCAAAACCUCCUUAAUGCCUUGGCAGACAAUGCACUCUCUCCAAACCCCUCUCCCGCCCGCCAAAACUCGUUAGAUGCCCAGAUCCAAGCCCGUAUUCAGGCCGAAUUAGAGCAACUUCGGGCUGAGGAAAAGAAGGUCCGGGAGCAAAUCGAGGCGGCUCUGGAAAAAGAAAAUCUUGACCGAGAAAGGGCGUUGGCCAAUGAUCCAGACUCGGUCGCAUCGUCUGCCUCUCUUUUGGUCGACCUGGACGAAGUUCGUGCAAAGGUCGACCGUUUCCACGCCCGUAAAGAUCUCGCCCAAUAUCCCAUCGUUCAAGAGGCCAGAGACAAACUCGUCGCUUGCUACAAAAAUAACACAACUACUCCCCUCGACUGUUGGCAGCAAGUAUCAUUGUUCAAAACAUCAGUAUCGCAAUUAGAGCAGGUUCGUCCGUUCUACUUCAUCGUCCUACAAUUAUAUCAUCUCCGCCAGCAACACAUCAAGUCUUUACAGUAA